UAGCACCUUUUUGAGUUUUUUUUUAAAAUAAAAAAAUCACAUUUUUAAAAAAAAAAUUAUAUAUUAAAAGGUUAUCCAGCACCACCAUCAUCACCACCUGAACCGCCACUGUAUAACGGCCGGCAACCUUACACAACCACCAAACAUGACCAACACAAAUUUCUUCCCAAUUUUGUUUGCAUUUAUCUUCAUUUCAUCAUACACAAUAUGCAAUGCUAAUGAAGUUGAUGAUGAGUCAAAAUUUAAUUACUUGUUGGGAACAACAGAAGGACCAGAAAGUUGGGGUACGAUUAAAUUCGAAUGGAAAUUAUGUGAAACUGGAUUAUUUCAGUCUCCCGUUAAUUUCCGUAAUAAGAGUGUGAAAAUUACCACUACUAUCCCUCUUUUGAAACCUAACUACAAAAAUGCCCCUGCUAUGAUAGUUAACAGAGGUCAUGAUAUCAAGUUGCAAUGGGAAGCAGAUGCAGGAAGUAUCAACAUUGAUGGUACUGAGUACAGAUUACAACAAUGCCAUUGGCAUACUCCUUCUGAGCACAAAGUUGAUGGAAAAAGUUUUGGUAUGGAAGCCCAUAUGGUUCAUCAGAGUGAUGAUGGUAGAUUAGCUGUGGUUGCUAUACCCUUCAAAAUUGGAGCGCCUAACCCUUUUCUUGAUCAGUUAAUAGGCCACGUGAAGAGAGUUGAUGAUAAGGGUCUUAAAUUGGGACUUGUUAACCCUCAACAACUUGGAGUCAAAGCUGAACCUUUCUAUAGAUACAUUGGUUCACUCACUGUUCCACCAUGCACUGAGGGUAUUAUUUGGAGUGUAUUAUACGAGGCAAGGACUGUGUCAAUGGAACAAAUGAUGGCACUAAGAAAUGCUGUUCAUGAUGGAUUUGAAGCAAAUGCAAGACCAGUUCAAGGCUUACAUAGAAGACCAGUGUAUCUAGCUAUGUAAAGAUAGAUGAUGGCAUGUUAAUUUUUUAAGAAAAAAAAAGUGUUUCUUCAUUGCAAUAUUGUUGUAAUUAUUUAAAUAUAGCCUAUUUAUGGUGGUCAAGUAAUUGGAAAUUAUCUUUUAAAUAGAUAUAUUUGAAAACCAAUUAAAAGUCA